AUGGAGCAAACAAAGGCGUUAAACGCUUUAGAGCCUUUCCUGGCCCUCUCAAAAUCAGCCACCUCUCCCCGCGCUGCCGCUGAUCUCGUCACUCGCGCAACCUCAGCUCCAAACACCUUCCUCUUCACCGAGCUCCUCCAGACACCGCAGAUCCAGGCCCUCGCAGCCAACUCAGAGUUCGCAGCAUACCUCACCCUACUCCAAAUCUUCUCCUACGGUUCCUACGGGACAUACCAUGCCACCGCCGACCUACCCACCCUGAACGACACCCAGACCCUCAAGCUGCGGCAGCUCUCCCUGCUAUCCCUGGCUAGCGAUCGAUCAAGCUUAUCAUACGAUGCGUUACAAAAGGCUCUAGGCCUCGCCUCGCCCCGGGAGGUGGAGGACCUCGUCAUCACAGCCAUAUACGCCGGCCUCUUGCACGCCACCCUCGACCCUGCCCGCCAAGCCGUAUCAGUGACAAGCGUUGCUCCUCUCCGAGAUCUCGCUCCCGGCACAAUCCCAGAUAUGAUUAGCGCUCUUCAAAACUGGGCUGGUCGUUGUCAGUCUACCCUCGGAGACCUCGAAGAGCAAAUCAAGAGCAUUCGCGAUGCGGCCACUGUACGAGAGAGAGAGAAGCGGGCCUCGGACAAAAAGCUACAGAAUUUGGUGGAAAGUGUGACUGAAGAUAAAAAUAUGCUCUCAGGAUACCCGCGGGACAAUUUGACUCGCAGGGGCAUUAGCAAACGCUCCAUGGCUGACCCCACGGGUACGGAGUCAAAUGCCGAGUUGAUGGAUAUCGAUGAUUUAUACCCAGCAGACGACGUGGCUAAAAGAGCCAGUAAGAGGAAGUUGUAG